CACCUUGGCAGUUUGAUACUUCCAUGUGGAAGGGCGCUCUAAGGAAGAGAUUCCCUGGGUUUUCCGCCUUUCACGUUGGCAAAUUUACCUAUCCUAAGUUAUCUUUGUGGCGUGCGCUCUGUGGUUUUGAUCACAACGAUUCGUCUUCAAUGGCCGCUGGAGCUGCCGAACAGCAUGACUUUCCCAAAGAGGAGGAAAAUGUAUUGAAACUUUGGGAGAAGUUGGAUGCCUUUCAGUCGUGCUUGCGCCAAUCAAAGGACAGACCAAGGUACAGUUUCUAUGAUGGUCCCCCUUUUGCCACAGGCUUGCCUCAUUAUGGACACAUCCUAGCUGGUACUAUAAAGGACAUAGUCACAAGAUAUGCUCAUCAGUCUGGUUAUCAUGUUGAGAGACGUUUCGGAUGGGACUGUCAUGGCCUUCCAGUGGAGUAUGAAAUAGACCAGAAGUUGGGUAUCAAGAGUCCAGAUGAUGUGACAAAAAUGGGAAUAGCUAAUUAUAACAAAGAGUGUCGCCAAAUUGUGAUGCGUUACUCCAAUGAAUGGGAGUUCAUAGUCAAGAGAAUGGGACGAUGGAUUGAUUUUGACAAUGACUAUAAGACACUUUAUCCAUGGUUUAUGGAGUCUGUUUGGUGGACAUUUAAACAGAUUUAUGAAAAAGACUUGGUCUAUAGAGGAUUUAAGGUUAUGCCAUAUUCCACAAGAUGUAACACUCCAUUGUCAAACUUUGAAGCAAAUCAAAACUACAAGGAAACUAUGGAUCCAUCUGUGAUUGUGGACUUCCCUUUGGAUGACGAUGCUAAUGUCAGUAUGAUUGCUUGGACAACAACCCCGUGGACACUUCCUAGUAACCUCGCUCUUGUCGUAAACCCUGACAUGGACUAUGUGAAAGUCACAGACAACACUACAAACAGAGUUUAUAUCAUGAUGGAAGCUAGGCUUGAAGCACUUUUCAAAAAGCCAGAGGAGUACACAGUUUUAGAAAGAUUUAAAGGAUCUAGCCUGGAGGGAAAGACUUACAAACCUCUUUUUACAUAUUUUCAAGAUCUCAAGGCUAGUGGAGCUUUCAGGGUGUUAGCAGAUGGCUAUGUAACAGGUGAAAGUGGAACUGGAGUGGUCCAUUCUGCACCAGCCUUUGGCGAGGAUGAUUACAGAGUCUGUUUGGCAAGUGGAAUUGUUAAAAAGGGUGGAAAACUUCCUUGUCCUGUAGAUGCAAGUGGAAAAUUCACCAGUGAAGUGUCUGAUUUUCAAGGGCAACAUGUCAAGGAUGCUGAUAAGGUCAUCAUGAAGUGGCUCAAGCAGCAGCAGAGACUGGUUCACCAAAGUACUCAUAAACAUAGCUAUCCAUUCUGCUGGAGGUCUGAUACACCGUUGAUUUACAAGGCUGUUCCUGGCUGGUUUAUCCAAGUUGAAUCUCUUGUUGACAAGCUUUUGGCCAAUAACAAACAGUCCUAUUGGGUGCCAGAAUUUGUACAAGAAAAACGUUUCCACAAUUGGCUUGAAAAUGCCCAUGACUGGAAUAUAUCUAGAAACCGUUACUGGGGCACACCAAUUCCUCUGUGGGUCAGUGAUGAUUAUCAAGAGGUUGUUUGUGUUGGAUCCAUCGAUGAACUGGAGCAGUUGUCUGGUGUCAGAGUCAGUGAUCUUCACAGAGAAAGUGUGGAUGACAUUACAAUCCCGUCUAAAACAAAUAGAGGAGUUCUUAGAAGAGUCCCAGAAGUGUUUGACUGCUGGUUUGAAAGUGGAAGUAUGCCCUAUGCACAAGUCCAUUAUCCAUUUGAAAAUAAAGAAGCAUUUGAAGCAUCAUUCCCAGCUGAUUUCAUUGCUGAAGGAAUUGACCAGACAAGAGGAUGGUUUUAUACUCUUCUGGUGAUUUCAACAGCAUUGUUUAAUAAACCCCCCUUCAAGAAUCUCAUUGUUAAUGGACUGGUUCUUGCUGCAGAUGGAGCCAAGAUGAGCAAGAGAAAGAAGAACUAUCCUGACCCAAUGGAGAUUGUGAACAAAUAUGGAGCAGAUGCUCUUAGAUUGUAUCUCAUCAAUUCACCAGUGGUAAGAGCAGAAACUCUCAAGUUCCAGGAGAAAGGAGUGAAGGAUGUCAUUAAAGAUGUGUUCCUUCCAUGGUAUAAUGCUCACCGAUUUCUGUUGCAGAAUAUUCAGCAAAUGGAAAGGGACGGAAAAAAGUUUGUUCAUGAUGAAGAGGUUCUGAUGAAUUUGGGCAACACACUUGAUCGCUGGAUCAUUUCCUUUACUCAAAGUUUGGUGUUGUUUGUCCACCAAGAAAUGGCAGCCUAUCGACUGUACACUGUUGUUCCUCGGCUGGUCAAGUUCAUUGACUAUCUGACCAAUGUGUAUGUGCGAAUGAACAGGAAGAGACUCAGGGGGGAGUAUGGGGACAAGGAUCGUUACGAGUCACUUCAGACGCUGUUCAGUGUUGUAUUUACCAUCACAAGGUUAAUGGCGUCAUUCACUCCAUUUCUUACAGAGUUCAAUUAUCAGUCUUUGCGGCCUUUCAUACCAGAAAGUAUGAAAAUCGGAGAAACAGAGAGUAUCCAUUAUUUGAUGAUCCCUAAGGCCAGGGAAAAUCUAAUUGACAAAGAGAUUGAGAGAAGAGUAGCCCUAAUGCUAACAGUGAUUGAACUUGGCCGAGUCGUUAGAGAGAGAAAAACUCUUCCGUUGAAGUAUCCCCUCCCUGAGCUUGUCGUCAUUCACCAGCUGCAACAGACCCUUGAUGACGUGUUAUCUCUGGAAGACUAUAUCAAACAGGAAGUGAAUGUGAGAAAGUUAACAGUGUCAUCAGACAAAAACAGGUUUGGGGUUCAACUCAAAGCUGAGCCUGAUAACCAGACAUUGGGGCGCAGAUUGAAAGGUGCCUUCAAAGAAGUGUCUCAGGCAAUUAAAGGUCUUUCAGACCAGGAAAUACAAGUGUUUAAAGAGAAAGGAGAGCUGAUGGUGGCUGGGCACUUACUGAGUGGAACAGAUUUAAGGGUGAUAUACUCAUUUGAUCAGAAUGGAUCAGCGCCGUCAGCAUAUGAAGCACACUCUGAUGGAGAGGUACUUGCUCUUUUGGAUAUCACCCCGGAUCAGUCUUUGCUCUCUGAGGGUGUGGCACGGGAAGUGGUCAAUCGAAUUCAGAAACUGCGGAAAAAGGCUCAACUUCAGCCAUGCGACGACAUCACCAUUGUGUUUGACGUUACACAAGGCAUGUUAGAUGACGUCAUCAGUGAACACAAAGGUUACAUUGAAGAUAGUGUUAAGCAACCUGUUGUGUCCAGUUCUCUCGCACCGAGCUUGCCUCUAAUAAUUUCCGAGAAAACAGAGGUUAAAGGUAGUAUGCUUGAUCUGAAGUUGUUGAAAGGUCAUCAGACUGCAAACAAGGAAAUGACUGUUGGAGAACCGCUGUGCAAAUUUGUAAACGUACUGCUGUGUAGAGGUGGAGCUGGGGUAGUUAAAGGAACUGUACUUUUGGAGAAUCCUCAGGGCAGCCCGGUCAUUUCAUUGGAUCAACUUAAGCGACAGGUAGCCGUAAUGUUUAGUCAACAGGAGAGUGCUUUGAAACUGUCUUUGUCGCCAAAAUGUGAAUCAGUUGUUACCGACAAAGACAUGUCCAAAUUGCAUGGCUCUCAAUUGUACGCUUACGUCACAGGCUGAGUUCGGCCAUUUCGAAUCUUGUUUUCAGUAGUUUAGUGUAUUUCUGUUGGCGUCAACACCUGACAGCUAAUUUUCCCGAGUCACCAUCUGUUAAUUUUUUUCACCUGCAGUAGGCCCAAUAGUGUUUUGAAUGAAAAUAAAGGUUGAUGUCCAUGACAUUUUUGUCAUGUAAAUUGUCCCACUCAAAACCUUUUUCUUUCAACAAUAUCCUAAAAUUGCCUUUCUAGAGAAUCGUGAGAAUGUAGCUUAAAUUUGAUAAAUUAUCUUCUCUUUGAUAAAAAAAGCAAACACGUGAACACAAAUUUAACAAAAAACAAACACGUGUGUUAAUUACUGUUCCCUUCUAAAAGACAAUUAAAUAGCUAAACAGCACGGUGCAUGUGCCAACGAUGAUGGAACCACAUUCUUUCCAUGGAAAUAAACAAGAGGAGAAGAA